AUGUCGCGCUGGGCGCGGGUGGCGCCUGCCGGCCUUGCGAGCGGCGGCCUCGGCUUCUCGCGCUGCGAGCGGAGGAUCAGCGAGGAGGAGGUGCGGAAGCACCGCUCCGAGAACGACGCCUGGAUUAGCUUCAAUGGCUCCGUGUACGACAUCACCAGCUUUAUCCCGAGGCACCCGCAGAAGGCGAACUGGGCGUCUCGUGUGGCGGGGCGCCGUUUCGAGCACUUCUUGGGUCGAGACGCCUUUGGGCCUAUCCACCGCUUCAAAACGGAUUGCAGCAGUGCGGACGCCAAGGCGAACUUGGCAAGGAUUUUGGCGCCCUACCGCCUGGGCAGCUGGGAGCCGGCCGCGGCUUCCAAGGCCGCGGCGCGGUGGCCGGAGGUGGACCGAGAAGAUCUGCGGCUGCGGCUGGAGCGAGCGGAUGGGGCGGAAGUGAGGACCUUCACCUUGGAGGACCUGAAAAAGAUGAAGCUCCACACUCGCCGGGUGACACACAAGUGCACCACCUCCGGCAACAUCAAGGUCCAGGAAUGGACAGGAGUCCUGGUCCGCAAUCUGCUUCCCGCCUCAGAAGCCGAGAAUUUGAAGCGGGAGAGCCGCGGCCAAAGUUGGGAGCCGCUGGUGACCUUUGUCGGCAUGGACGGCUUUGGGCACUCCAUGUUCCUCUCCAGGGCCCUGCAGGACGACGUUUUGUUGGCCUUCGAGCAGAACGGCGAGGCCCUUGACGUGGAGCAGGGUGGGCCCUUGCGCCUGGUGAAGGAUGGGCAACAUGCCAAGUGGGUGGAGACGGUGAUCCUGGAAUGA